AUGCCCAACAGCCUUGAAAUGAUAACAAGAAAAAAAGAAAAGAAAUGGUCACCCUUUGUCAUCUCAUCAUGCUUCCAAUUCUGGCUUAAACAGCUCCCUAAAAUGCUCUUUCUGCUUCUUAUCUGGUUCUUGAAGGAAAAUGUUUGUGGGGACUUUAGUGCUUUGGUUUCUGCUCAGUCCAACGAAAGACGAGUGGUGGCCUACAUGCCUGGAGAUGUUAUCAUUGGGGCUCUCUUCUCCGUCCAUCAUCAGCCGUCUGUUGACAAGGUCCACGAGAGAAAAUGUGGAGAGGUGAGAGAACAAUAUGGAAUCCAGAGAGUGGAAGCAAUGCUUCAUACCCUCGAUCGUAUCAACCAGAACCAAAUUCUGUUACCCAACAUAACCUUGGGUUGUGAAAUACGGGACUCGUGCUGGCAUUCAGCUGUUGCUCUUGAGCAGAGCAUUGAAUUCAUCCGCGAUUCUCUCAUCUCGGCAGAAGAAGAGGAAGGACUGAUGAAGUGUGUUGAUGGCUCUACGUCUAUGUAUCACGCUAAGAAGCCCAUUGUGGGUGUGAUAGGUCCCGGGUCCAGUUCCGUGGCAAUCCAGGUCCAAAAUCUGCUGCAGCUUUUCAACAUACCUCAGAUUGCCUACUCUGCCACAAGCAUGGACUUAAGUGACAAGACUUUGUUCAAGUAUUUCAUGCGAGUGGUACCUUCAGAUGCACAACAGGCCCGUGCUAUGGUGGACAUUGUCAAGAGGUACAACUGGACCUACGUCUCUGCAGUACAUACAGAAGGAAACUAUGGCGAAAGUGGAAUGGAAGCCUUCAAAGACAUGUCAGCUAAAGAAGGAAUCUGCAUCGCUCAUUCUUACAAGAUCUACAGCAAUGCCGGAGAGCAGAGUUUUGAUAAAUUGUUGGAAAAGCUCAGAAGCCAUUUACCAAAAGCAAGAGUUGUGGCGUGUUUCUGCGAAGGCAUGACUGUGCGAGGACUGUUAAUGGCAAUGAGACGCUUGGGACUGACCAGUGAAUUUUUACUGCUGGGCAGUGAUGGUUGGGCUGACAGGUAUGAUGUGACAGAUGGCUACCAGCGUGAAGCUGCUGGUGGAAUAACAAUCAAACUCCAGUCUCCUGGUGUGAAAUGGUUUGAUGAUUAUUACCUGAAGCUUCAGCCAGAAACCAACCAGCGAAAUCCAUGGUUUCAGGAAUUUUGGCAGCACCGGUUCCAGUGCCGACUGAAGGGGUCCCCUCAAGAGAACCCCAAAUUCAACAAGACCUGCACCAGUAAUUUGACCUUAGGAACCCAACAUGUACAAGAUUCCAAGAUGGGGUUUGUGAUCAACGCAAUCUACUCCAUGGCUUAUGGCCUCCACAACAUGCAAAUGGCCCUGUGUCCGGGCUAUGCAGGUCUUUGUGAUGCCAUGAAGCCAAUUGAUGGUCGAAAACUCCUGGAUUCACUGAUGAAGGCCAAUUUCACCGGAGUUUCUGGAGAUAUGAUCUCGUUCGAUGAGAAUGGAGACUCACCAGGACGGUAUGAGAUCAUGAACUUUAAAAAAAUGAGUAAGGAUCAAUAUGAUUACAUCAAUGUCGGAAGCUGGGACAAUGGUGAGCUGAAGAUGAUGGAUGAUGACAUUUGGUCAAAGAAAAGUUCCAUCAUCAGAUCCGUGUGCAGUGAACCAUGUGAGAAAGGAGAGAUUAAGGGUUUCUGUUUUUAUUUUUUUAAAAAAAAAACAUUGUCUUCUUUAUUCCUCUCCUUACCAGGUUGCGAUUUAAUCCCAGUUGAAUAUCUACGAUGGGGCGAUCCAGAGCCUAUCGCUGCAGUGGUAUUUGCCUGCUUGGGUCUCCUGGCUACUUUAUUCGUCACUGCCGUAUUCAUCAUGUACCGUGACACGCCAGUUGUCAAAUCCUCCAGCCGAGAGCUCUGCUACAUCAUCUUGGCUGGCAUCUUUUUGGGUUACCUGUGCACCUUCUGCCUGAUUGCAAAGCCCCAGCAGAUCUACUGUUACCUUCAAAGGAUCGGCAUUGGUCUCUCCCCAGCUAUGAGCUACUCAGCUCUCGUGACGAAAACCAACCGCAUCGCCCGGAUUCUGGCUGGCAGCAAGAAGAAAAUCUGUACCAAAAAGCCCCGGUUCAUGAGCGCUUGUGCCCAGCUCAUCAUAGCUUUUAUCUUGAUCUGCGUUCAGCUUGGCAUCAUCGUUGCCCUCUUCAUUAUGGAGCCCCCGAAUAUCAAGCACGAUUACCCAAGUAUCCGAGAAGUGUACCUGAUAUGCAACACCACCAACUUGGGGGUUGUCACCCCUCUCGGAUACAAUGGCUUGCUCAUUUUAAGCUGCACCUUUUACGCGUUCAAGACCAGAAACGUCCCUGCUAAUUUCAACGAGGCCAAAUAUAUCGCCUUCACCAUGUAUACCACCUGCAUCAUCUGGCUGGCCUUUGUGCCCAUUUAUUUCGGGAGCAACUAUAAGAUUAUCACCAUGUGCUUUUCGGUAAGCCUGAGUGCCACCGUAGCCCUUGGUUGCAUGUUCGUACCCAAGGUGUACAUCAUCCUUGCCAAGCCAGAGAGGAACGUACGCAGCGCGUUCACCACGUCAACUGUGGUUCGCAUGCACGUGGGCGAUGGAAAGCCUUCUUCUGCGGCCAGCCGUUCGAGCAGUUUGAUCAACCUGUGGAAAAGAAGGGGAUCUUCUGGAGAAACUCUAAGGUACAAAGACAGGAGGCUGGCCCAGCACAAGUCAGAAAUAGAGUGUUUCACUCCAAAAGGGAGUAUGGGAAAUGGUGGGCGAGCAACAAUGAGCAGUUCCAAUGGGAAAUCGGUCACGUGGGCCCAGAACGAAAAAAGUUCGAGCCGAGGAGCCCACCUCUGGCAAAGGCUUUCGAUCCACAUCAAUAAGAAAGACAACCCCAACCAAACCGCCGUGAUCAAACCCUUCUCUAAAAGCACAGACAGCAGCCGGCACGGCAGUAGCACCACAAUCGCAACCACUUUCCCCGAAUCCGGUGCCAAAACCCUUUACGAUGUCUCUGAAGCUGAAGAACACUACCCGGCUCAGUACCGCAUUCAAACUCCGUCCCCCAUCAGUACGGUCAGCCAGAGAACUGCUUCCCUCAGCCGGACCGAAGACGAUGUUCCCACUUUCCAGUCGGAACAAGCCCAACGGAGCAGUUCUUCCCAAGGCUCCCUGAUGGAGCAAAUCAGCAGCGUGGUGACUCGGUUCACCGCCAACAUCAGCGAGCUCAACUCCAUGAUGCUCUCCACCCCCACGCCAGGCCCCAUGGUCACCACCCCCUUGUGCUCUUCCUACCUGAUCCCGAGGGAGAUCCAGCUGCCUACCACCAUGACCACGUUUGCGGAGAUCCAGCCUCUCCCUGCCAUUGAGGUCAACGGAGCAUCUCAGUCAACCAGGGAACCGUCUUGCGGAAGUGUCAAAGAAGGCCCUUCCGCAGAGGCUCCAGCCCCUGCCAAGCCCGAGAUUGAAGAGUUGGUGGCUUUGACGCCACCUUCUCCAUUCAGAGACUCCGUUGAUUCUGGAAGUGCUUCUCCCAGCUCUCCAGCAUCGGAAUCCGCCCUCUGUAUGCCGUCUUCACCGAAAUACGACUCACUGAUGAUAAAGGAUUACACGCAGAGUUCUUCUUCCUUGUGA